AUGGCCACUACUGGUACAUCAAGACUAGAUCGUCUUGUCACCUUGCUGGACAAGGGUAGCACCCAGCUCAUUCGAAACACUGCUGCACAACAACUUGCCGAUGUCCAGAAACAGAAUCCAGACAAUCUUUUUGCACUGCUUGGCAGGGUUCUUCCCUACUUGCAGUCCCAGUCAUGGGACACUCGCACUGCCGCCGCGAAAGCCAUAGGCGGUAUCAUUUCAAACGCCGAAAAGUUUGAUCCCAACGCUGACGAUGCGGACACCAAGUUCGAGCCCCUCAGGGUUGAGGAGGGGAGCAACAAGAUUGCAGAGAAGACUCCGGAAGCGGACGACCUUCUUCAGCUCAGCGCUCUUGACAUCAAAUUGAUCCUCAACCAUGGGAAGAAGCUGUUGGGCAGUGCCGGCAGAGAGUAUGAAUACUCAAUGGCUGGCAUGACGCCUGCUCAACGCCUGGCACAUCAGAAGCAGAGUCUUACCGCUCGACUCGGUCUUGGCGGCGAAUAUAUGGAGGACGACUUGGUCAACGAGUACGACUUUGCAGCCAGCUCGCAGCACAAAACUGCAACAACCCCCGGUCUGACUCGAGUAGAUACCAAAUCAGGAGCCCAACGACUCGACAGCUUCAGCCCCGCUGCUCCCCACAGUGCCGUGUCUCCUUCAGACAAUAAUGGCCAGCCCCUGCCCGAUGAGUCCAGCCUAAGUAAACGACAAUUGAAUCAGCUAAAAAGGAAAAACAAGUCGGCCGCCAAAGCUGGCGCUAGCAAGAUGCGUGUGGUAGAUCUUUCAGGGCGUCGUCAGCCCGAGCCUGGCCAGACACCGGUUUCAGCGACCCCACAUCCGGUAAAGCUCAACGGCCACGAAGACUCCAAUGGAGAUGCUCAACCAGAUUACUUCUCGAUCAAGCGAGAAGGCCCCGAUGACAACUCCGCACUCGUCUCCGAAUUCAAGGGCGAAGAUGUCCCGGAAAAGCCGCUCAUCCAACCCGACGAAGAGCAUGCCCAAGACUGGCCUUUUGAUGUAAUGUGCGAUUUCCUGUCGGUAGACCUUUUCGAUCCCAAUUGGGAGGUCCGACACGGAGCAGCCAUGGGCUUGCGGGAAGUUCUCCGUGUACAUGGACGCGGUGCUGGUCGUCGAUAUGGCAAGUCCAGAGCUGAGAAUGACCUUGCCAAUCGCCGCUGGCUCGAUGACCUGGCGUGCCGCUUGCUGUGUGUUCUAAUGCUGGACCGCUUCGGGGACUAUGUGUCGGAUACAGUGGUCGCCCCGAUUCGUGAAUCGAUUGGUCAGACUCUUGGUGCUUUAAUAACUCAAUUACCUGACGACCUGGCUAUUUCUGUCUAUAACUGCUUACAGGAAAUGGUUUUUCAACGGAAGACCGGUCUGAAGCUUCCGAUUUGGGAAGUAUGCCACGGAGGCAUGAUCGGUCUGCGCUAUUUUGUUGCUGUUCGCAAAGAUCUCCUGUUUCGUCACAGCAACCUCCUCGAUGGGGUUGUCUCAGCCGUCAUGCACGGUCUUUCUCAUGCUGAUGACGACGUCAAGUCGGUUAGCGCAGCAACCUUGAUACCUAUCGCCGAAGAAUUGACAACUAUGCGCCCCGAUGCCCUUGGUCAACUCAUUAGCGUUGUGUGGGAGUGUCUUCUGGAAAUGCAAGACGAUCUCAGUGCCAGUACUGGUGCCGUCAUGGAUCUUCUUGCAACCCUCUGCUCGCACCAUGAGAUCUUGGAGGCAAUGCGCAUCAAUGCCGAAGAAGACCAAUGGCAGUCAUUCGAGGAGCUCGUUCCCCGCCUGUACCCUUUCCUGCGGCACACGAUUACCAGCGUCCGACUAUCGGUGUUGAAGGCGUUGGCCACAUUCCUGAAUCUCUCAAACGCGAGCAACAUGGAGUGGGUGGAUGGCCGCGUGGUCCGCUUGAUAUUCCAGAACAUGUUGCUUGAACGGAAUGAAAAUGUCCUGUGGAUGUCCUUUGAGGUCUGGAAAGCUCUCAUCUCCUUCAUGGAACACCGAGGGUUUUCCACCUUCGGUGCAGACUUGGAGCCGCAUAUCUCACCAAUGAUAGCGGCCACCCUUCAGCCUAUCGGUCAAGCAAGGAGCCCCAUCCCCAUGGACACGCUCCUUCUCAUCAAACCAUCGGGGGCGGCAAUGGUACCCAUUUCGACAAAGCAUGGGUAUACUCCUGAAUCUGAUCAGCAACUCAAGAAAAGACGAAAGGUUGAGAAGCCCGACACAAAUCAGCGCCUUUCCCACAAUACCGAUGGACACAUGUUGCACGGGGAAGUAGAUCUCGUCGGAUUGGACGUCAUGCUUCGGACCAGAAUCGUCUGCUCUCUGGCACUGGGCCUUCUACUCGGCAAACAAGAUGUGUCUUCUGUUGAUUCAUACUGGAUUCGUCUCAUGCCGUUCGUCAGUUCUCCUAAUUCAAGCUCGAGGCUAUUUGCAGCGAUGAUUCUGGAAGAGCUCGCAAAGAACCAACACCAGAAACCAGCGAAUACGCCAGGAAUUGUUUCACAGUUGCAACAGGUCCUUGACGAUGACGGUAACAACUGGUACGCAGACAUAGUGUCGUCGCUGCAUGCUGCUCGAGGCCAAUGCCAAUCUUUGAUUAGCGCCUUCCAGAACCAGGCGCACGUCUCUCGAGACAAGCUACCGGCAAUAGCAGUUGUUUGCCAAGGCGACAGCGGAGCUGGUCCCAAAGCCUUCUCACUCGCAGAUGCGGAGAGGAUCGUGACAACGGACUUUGAUCGUCUUCUCAAAGGCCUUACACCGGCACAGCGUGUUUCAGGAACGCAGUAUCUGAAUGAUGCCCGUACGAAUGCUAAGACGGCUGUUGAUGAAGCUAGAAAGGUCAAAGAAAGUCGAGACAUUGCCAUCAAGGCCACGAUUGCGUCGGUCCUGGUUCGAAUGGAGGAGAUCCCAAAGAAACCUGGACAAUUGAUAAAAUGCAUCAUGGACAGUAUCAAAUCAGAAGCUUAUGAGGACCUACAAGAUCGAUCUGCAUCAGCCGUCGCAGGGCUCAUUGAUUAUUACACUAAGAGUCCGAAACGUGGCCCUGUGGACAAGCUGGUCUCCAAUCUGGUCAAAUUUACCUGCGUGGAUACUUCGGAGACCCCAGAAUUCGGUCCCAAUGCCGCUUUUGAAGACAUUGUUUUGUCAUUGCGAAAGGAAGAAGACAGGAAGGACCACCCAGAUGCUGCGCGCUUUGAACAAGAGGCCAAGGAGGCCCGAAUCAUGCGGCGAGGAGCCAAACGUGCUCUCGAUGAGUUGGCAGAAGCAUACCGUGCUCAGCUCCUUGAGAAAUUACCCGUGCUGAGAUCCCUCAUCGAGAAUCCGAUCCAUGAUCUGAUCGAGUCAACUGACCCAGCUACUCUCCAGGUCGACGAAGAACAAGGUCAAUCACUGGUCGACGCGAUGUCAGCUCUGCGGACGCUGUCACCCACUCUGGACUCUGGUCUGCACACUUGGGUGUUGUCGUUGAGCCCGCUUAUUGGAAAAGCGAUGAGGAGCAGGCUCUCUGUCAUAAGAUACAGUGCCGCUAAAUGUUUCGCCACCAUAUGCAGUGUCAUACCCGUCGAGGGGAUGACAAGGCUCGUGCAGGAUGUUUUGCCUAAUAUCAACAACCCUCUGGACCUGAGGGACAGACAAGGGAUUACCGAAUGCGUCUAUCACCUUAUCCAGGCCAUGGGCGACAGGAUCCUGCCCUAUGUGAUCUUCUUGAUUGUACCUGUUCUGGGCCGGAUGAGCGAUGCCAACAAUGAUAUCCGUCUCCUCGCGACGACCGCCUUCGCCACAUUGGUGAAGCUGGUACCUCUGGAAGCAGGUAUCCCUGAUCCGCCAGGAAUGCCGGAGUCACUGCUCCAAGGACGUGAACGAGAGCGCAAAUUCAUGGCGCAAAUGCUUGAUCCGAAAAAGGUCGAGCCCUUCCCGAUUCCUGUGGAGAUCAAAGCCGAACUGCGACCGUAUCAGCAAGACGGGGUGAACUGGUUAGCAUUCCUCAACAGGUAUAACCUUCACGGUGUUCUGUGCGACGAUAUGGGUCUUGGGAAGACUCUCCAGACUCUCUGCAUUGUAGCAAGCGACCAUCACAUGCGGGCCGAGGAGUAUGCCAAGACCCAAGCUCCUGAUAUGAGGCGUUUGCCAUCUCUUAUUGUCUGUCCGCCGACGCUCUCGGGCCAUUGGCAACAGGAGAUCAAGCAAUACGCACCGUUUUUGAGCUGUGUGGCGUACGUUGGACCGCCGGCGGACAGAAUCAGCCGGCGUCCUUUACUCGAAAAGGCAGAUGUUGUCAUAACUUCCUACGAUGUGUGCAGGAACGAUAAUGAUAUUCUAACGCCCAUCACCUGGAAUUACUGUGUGUUGGACGAAGGCCACCUAAUUAAAAAUCCAAAGGCGAAGAUCACCCAGGCGGUGAAGAAGUUAAUCAGCAAUCACAGACUCAUUCUUUCCGGGACCCCAAUUCAGAACAAUGUCCUGGAGCUUUGGUCUCUCUUCGACUUUCUCAUGCCUGGCUUCCUGGGUACGGAGAAAGUCUUCCAGGAUCGAUUUGCAAAACCGAUUGCAGCCAGCCGCAACGCAAAGUCCUCAUCUAAGGAACAGGAAGUGGGCGCUUUGGCAAUUGAAGCUCUUCACAAGCAGGUCCUGCCAUUUUUGCUGCGCCGCUUGAAAGAAGAAGUCCUCAACGAUCUACCACCCAAGAUUCUGCAGAACUACUACUGUGAUCUUAGUGAUUUGCAGAAGCGUCUGUUCGAGGACUUCUUCAAGAAGGAGCGCAAGACGGUGGAGAACAGUGUCGGCUCGUCGGAUAAAGAGGCCAAGCAACACAUCUUCCAAGCUUUGCAGUACAUGCGGAAACUCUGCAACUCGCCUGCGCUUGUCGUCAAGGAAGGAAACAAGCAAUACGAGGCGAUCCAAAAACAGCUUGCCGCGUCCAAAUCCAGUCUGCGGGAUAUUGCUCAUGCACCCAAAUUGAGCGCUCUGCGCGACUUGCUGAUUGAUUGCGGCAUCGGCGUGACCAAUGACUCAAAUGACAUGUCGGCUUCGAAUUAUGUGUCGCCGCAUCGGGCAUUGAUUUUCUGCCAGAUGAAGGAAAUGCUCGACAUGGUACAAACUGAGGUUUUGGGCAAGCUUCUUCCUAGUGUACAAUUCUUGCGACUCGACGGAAGCGUGGAAGCCACCAAGCGUCAAAAUAUUGUCAACCAGUUCAACAACGACCCCAGUUAUGACUGCCUCUUGCUGACGACCAGCGUGGGUGGUCUCGGGUUGAACCUCACCGGGGCCGACACCGUCAUCUUUGUCGAACACGACUGGAAUCCUCAAAAGGACAUUCAGGCUAUGGACCGAGCCCACCGAAUCGGCCAGAAGAAGGUGGUCAAUGUCUAUCGGUUGAUUACGCGCGGCACCUUGGAGGAAAAGAUCCUGAGCCUUCAACGAUUCAAGAUCGACGUCGCGUCGACGGUCGUCAACCAACAGAAUGCAGGCUUAGGGAGCAUGGAAACGGAUCAAAUCCUGGACCUCUUCAAUCUCGGGGAAACAGCAGAAAGUGGUGGUGAGGCAGGUGGGACGAAAGACGAGGACAUGGUCGAUCUCGAGACCGGUGAGGUCAGGAAGAAAGGAGAGAAAGGCUGGCUCGACGACGUGGGUGAACUCUGGGACGAGAGGCAGUACGAAGAGGAAUUCAACCUCGACUCGUUUGUGCAGAACUUGCAAAAAUAG